AGUAACAGGAAGUUUGGACUAAUUAAGAGACACAAUAUAUUGGUUUACCGGAACACAAUAAUAGGGUGUGAUUCUUGUUUUUACUUUGGGACUUCCCUGCUGGUUCAUCUCCUGUGUUUUUCUGUGGAUGUUGCGAUGCCUCAGCAGAAGAUGAUGCCGAAAAUGGAGCAGAGCUCGUGCACGGAGGAUCGCAUCCAGCAUGUCCUUGAGCGCUGCCUCAGUGGCCUGGGCCUCGACACUCCUGACAAACAACUCUGGAACGCUGGGCUGUGCAUAAACCGCUGGUGUUUGGAGGAACUUGUGAAGAGAGAUCCCCACAACUUCCUCAUCCUUCUACAGAAAAUACUGAGGAAAACAACAGAGGUGCUCGAGCAGUGUCGGUAUGAACUGGUGGUGCCCCUCACGCUCCUGUUCUCUUCCACCCUCCUCAAAGCUCCUCAUGUGGCUCCGGACUGCGGCGUGCUGCAGGAGGCCUACCUGUUGUUCCACAGUUUCCUGGCCUGGCCGGAGCCUUGCAGCUCUGCCAGUAAACGCCUGCUGAAAAUCAUCCAGAAGGAGCUCAGAGCACCAGGAAUUUCAUUUCAAAGACUGGUUCGGACCGAGCAGGGUAUUUCCCCUGAGAUUCACUGCCCCAAAACCAUCACGGUGCUGUUGGUGAACCCAGAUGAGCACGUCCCUCCAGAGGUCCAGUCCGUCUCAGAGCAGCUGAGCAGCACCCAGCACUCCAGCAGAGACGCCACCAUCGUCCUCAUUCUGCACAGCUUUCAGGCUGCUCUGGGCGCCAGCCGCGACCAGCGGGCGCUCCACACUGCCCUGCAGACGAAGCGGCCCGAGGAGCUGGCACAGCUCGCGGAGGCAGUGACCGACUGCAUGGAGACGGCAGCCUCUACGGAAGAUCCCAGGACAGCUAGACAAGCUCUACUGCUCAGCAUGGAGAGGCUCAGAGACAGCCUUGCUGUUCCUGCUCUUAAUAAUGGCUGCACAGAUACUGGGGCUGUUAAGACUUUCAUGCUGCCCUUCCCCAAAUGUCACACAUGCUCCUGGGAAAACAACAACUUUGAUGUUUUGAACGACAUUCUCUCCAUCGAGUCCGACCUGGACUCACCUCCAGACUGUUUCCCUAAAACCGAAAUGGAUGAGGAUGAUAACAUCGACACCAGUGUGGAUGAGGAAGACGAGGCGGAGGGAGACAAAGUGGACCAUGAGUUUCAGAGCAACCGGGUCUCCACCGCGUCCUCGUCCUCGAGGGACUCCGGCUACUCUCUCUCCUCCAGCUGUUCUGCGCUCUCCACGCCGUCUGCCUCAUCAGGCGUGGAAAGUGAUGUCAGCGUGGACACGACGCACGAGGACACAGUGGGAGGACCGGAUAGCCAACCGAAGCUUAGAAAGAAACCCAAAAAGAAGUCCAGAUCCAUCCUAGGCGUAGAGCGCAUCUCCAUGUUUUUCAAUGCCCCCCGCAGCCCAAGCAUUUGCCGCCGGGUCCAGAGUUUGGGCCACCGUGGUGAUUCUACCAAAGACGUUCAAAGAGAGUUUAAAAACUCCAGGUCCCUGUCCAGACAAGUCCACCCUCUAGACAAGGAUCCCCUGUCCCCCCGGAAGCACAUGUGCGUCCGCAGGAGGCCCAUCCUGAGCUGGGACGACUUCGAUGCGGUGGAGGUGCCCACGCUGGUCAAAGUGGUGGUGUUUGGAGGUGACAAAGAAGCUGGCAGGCUGGCCAGGGCGUACAGCGACCUGCAGCAGAAAGAGAGUAAAUGUCCCCGACUCACCAAGACAUGCAAGCUGCAGUUUUACUUUGUUCCAACCAAAAGGAGAACUACGGGAAGCACGGGAGGAGGACACACACCAACCGAAGGGCCGAUAGGAAGUUCAACCAGAGCUGCUGCCUCUGUGGAGUCUAACGGCAGUGUGCUGGAGGACAGCACCAAUGACAUAGCCCAGAUGUUGGGCAUGAUGGACCCCUGGUACGAGCAGAACGUCCUCAGUCUGCUCAGCCUGUCCUCUGACGUCCUUUGUCAGACUGCCUGUAAGGACGGCGAUGAGUCAGUGAGCAGCGUGGAGACUCUCCCCCUGCUGGCUGACCUGGUGCUUUAUUACUGUCGACAUGCAGACCAGCCGGUUCUGGUGCAGCUCUACCAGGCUGAGUUGACCCUGGCUGGAGGAGAGAAGAGAAGGGAAGUGUUUAUUCACUCUCUGGAGCUCGGGCACACUGCUGGAACCAGAGCGGUUAAGGCCAUGGGUUCUGCCAGCAAAAGGUUUGGGAUUGAUGAAGAACGGGAGGCUGUCCCUUUAACACUCAGCGUUGCCUACAACAAGGUGGCUGUUAGCGGGAGGAGUCAGUGGAUCCAGACGGAGGUGGUUUGCACAUCGAUAAAUCUUUACAAAGCCUGCUGGAAACCGGAGCAGCUAGAUACAAGAAUAGAAAGUCUGCAGCUGACAAUGACAGAAGUGCUGAAGAGGCAGAGCUCCAAGUCGAAAAAGGGCUACAACCAGCACAUCUCCAUAUCAGAGGUGAAGGUGGACAAGGUGCAGGUGGACGGUGGAGAGGACGGGACAACUUUCGCCGUGUGUCUGGAUCAGGACGAGAAGAAGUUCAUCCAAAGUGUCACCAGGUGCGAGGUGUCUCUGUGCUGUAAACCAGGAAGCAGUUCAGACUGGAGGUCCUACAAGCCCUCACCUGGCCAAGUCCAGCCCCUGCACCCGUCCUACUGCUCCCUGCUCUGCCUCCCCGUCACCUCUUUCUCGGCCUCGUAUCCCUGACACACUUUGUACCGCGCUGAACGAAUCCCGGCUUGUUUGAACCAAAGCAACGCGGGACGCAGACUUUACAUACUGAAUAGAUAGUGAACAAGGUGCAGAGAACAAACAGAACUUGUAAUAAGGGUGACAUGUAUUUCCCUACAUAUGUAAAUGUAUAUCAGGUUUAUCCUGUAGCUGAUGUCAAGGUGUGCCACAUUUUGAUGGAUGGAGUGUGUGACUGUUUUUUUUCUUAUCUUCCCUAGCAGGGUUUACAUCACUCAUCUGCUGCCAGUAGCAUAAAACGAAUUCCAUGAUUACUACUGUGUACGUUCUGUUGAUGACAGAGUCAAAUACUUUUAAAAAAAGUGUAAAAUAAUCUAUUUAUUUUUGAAGUGAUAGUGAUGAAAACAUGUUGUUUUUUGUUGUUGUACUUUUUACAUUUUUUUUCAGAAAAUAGGUUUAUAUCACACAACUAAUAAAAUCACACUUCAGUC